UUGUCUUUCUUUCUCUUCUUACAUGGACAACCAUCUCACAUUUCAUCAGAAAAAGCUGCAAAACAUAUUUUCAUGAGAUGAUGGCUAAGCUACCAUGUAUGAACUAUCAUACAACAGCAUGGUACAUGAAAUACUAGAUUGAUUUUUUUAAAAUUUUUUUAAUCUGGGUGUUGCAUUGCAUCUGUUCUUUUUGAUGUUGUUUCUUGUACCAGACAUGUUUUAGCUGUUUGAGUUUAUCUGAAUCCAAACAUGGAAAUGAAAUUGCUGGCAAAGGGAGUUAAAUCCAAAACUAGAAAGCAAAGUCAGGUGAAAGAGUUUUAAGCUUUCAUGGCAAAAGUAAAGGUGGAGAGUGGUACAACAAUUUAUUGACAAAUAUGGGAAAUGGAAAAGGGUUGUUGCAGUGGUGAAGAAGAAGGUUGAAUCUUUUUUUUUUUUUUUGAGUUGAAGAAGAAAAUAUGCCAACAGUUUGGUUUUCUUUGAAGAGAUCUUUGCACUGUAAAUCAGAGCCAUCAGAUGUUCAUGACCCAAAAACCAGGAAGCAAUUGAGUACAAUAUUGACUAGGAAAGCAGGCAGGUCAGGGUGUUCAAGGUCUAUAGCAAAUCUCAAGGAUGUCAUUCAUGGAAGCAAGAGACAUUUGGAGAAGCCGCCAAGUUGCAGUCCAAGAUCCAUUGGGAGUAGUGAGUUUCUUAACCCAAUAACUCAUGAAGUUAUUCUUAGUAACUCAAGGUGUGAGCUGAAAAUCACUGGUUUUGGAGGGUUCCAAGAUGGUGUCGGUAAUGGUAGUAAUAAUGGAGCUAACGAUGGUGGUGGUGGAUCAACUUUUGUUGGUACUUUAAGGCCUGGAACACCAGGGCCUGGAGGCCACCCAACAAUGCAUUAUUUUAAUCCUUCUUUAAGGAAUACUUCAACUACUCCUCCUAGAAAAUCACCUUUUCUUGUAUCAGAAAGGGAAAAUGCUGGAUUUGGUGGUGGAAACGUUCAUUCAAGCAAUAGAGUUUCUCUUGAGACAGACUCUAAUGGAUGUUCUACUGUGACUUGUCACAAAUGUGGAGAGCAAUUUAGCAAAUGGGAAGCUGCUGAAACUCACCAUCUAUCUAAGCAUGCUGUUACUGAACUUGUGGAAGGUGACUCAUCCAGAAAGAUUGUUGAAAUUAUAUGCCGGACAAGUUGGUUAAAGUCUGAGAAUCAUUGUGGCCGGAUAGAAAGAGUUUUGAAAGUUCACAACAUGCAAAAAACUCUUGCGCGAUUCGAAGAAUAUAGGGAAACGGUAAAGAUUAAAGCAAGCAAACUUCCCAAGAAACAUCCUCGAUGCAUUGCCGAUGGAAAUGAGCUAUUGAGGUUCUAUGGCACAACUGUGGCAUGUUCUCUUGGUCUAAAUGGUUCCUCAAGUCUUUGUAUAUCUGAAAAAUGUUGCGUUUGUCGGAUUAUUAGAAAUGGAUUCUCUGCCAAGAAGGAGCUCAAGGAAGGAAUUGGUGUUUUCACAACUUCUACAAGUGGAAGAGCUUUUGAGUCUAUUCAAAUUCUUGAAGAUGAUCCAUCUAUAAGGAAAGCUUUGGUAGUUUGCAGAGUAAUAGCUGGGAGAGUUCAUAAACCUUUGGAGAAUAUACAAGAAAUGGCAGGCCAAACCGGGUUUGAUUCAUUGGCUGGGAAAGUUGGUCUGUAUUCAAAUAUUGAAGAGCUUUAUCUGCUCAAUCCUAAAGCUCUCCUUCCUUGUUUUGUGGUCAUUUGCAAACCUUGAGGAAAAAAUUCAAUCGCUUAACUUUAGAAGUUAUGACUUGUGAAGUUAUGUGAAUCGUUUUUCCUUUUCUUGCUAGAGGUUUUCCCUCUUCUUUUUGAAAGAUUGGAAAUUUUCAUGCAAUUAUAUUGCUUCUUCCCUGUUUAAGAAUUGUAUUGUAGAUGAAAAAUUCCUGGAAAUUUUCAUAUUCCAAGCUUCAUUGCAGCUUUCUCAAAUACGUACUUUGGUGAUACCUUUCUCAGCCUUUUGGAUAAGAUGAUAAAGAUAUGCACACAUAUAGAUGCCAAUUCAGGAUUUGAAGAUAGAUAAAAUUCUGUCCUC